AUGGGUGCAAUAGGAUCCUCCCCAAAUGCAGAGAUCAGCACUGAGGCUCCCUCCAUCCUGGGCGCGCAAACGCGCAUUCUUCCUCGUUCGGUGUCUCACAACCGCGCUGAAAGCGCUCAAAGUCGACCGGCUUCGGCUGCAGGGCCCUCCUCCGAAGCUGCACACCAGCCCUCAAGCAGCCUCAGACCGCUGCGCCUCGUUGCCAGCUCUAGCAACAUCUCACCCAAGCUCACUGCUACAGCAACGAAUGGAAGGGGCAACAUUGGGGCGUCUGCUGAUGCUGAUGCUGCCUCUGAUCUCCGUCGGCCAGCCUUCAAGCGCGAGAAAUCUGCAUCAGCUGCUAUGAUUCGUUCGAGAGCAGCUUCUCCAGCACCGAGUGCCGCCGAAUCAUGGACACAGGCAGGUGAUGCCGAGGGCGCAUACAUCCGCAAGACUUACGCACACUUUGACUCGCGCGGCGUCGAAGAUGACGGAUUUGUGGAAGGGCAAGAAUGGACGCGAGAGAGGGGUCAAGGGCAUGCGUGGGAACAGCCAGAUCUGGGCAGAAAGAGGAAUAUUUCUCGUGCACGAUCCGUGACACCUUCGGUAGUUGGAGCAAAGCUAAGGAUAGCGAGUAGCCAACUGCGCAGGGAUGUGGCUAGGUCAGUCCCUUCUUCGCCGUCGGUCGGACAUAGGAAUCUUGCGCUCUCUCCCGCCUUCGAAGGGUCCUCGUCUAGGCAGAUCUUGCCUGGUCGGCUUAGGCCUGGCCCAAAUGGCCCGGAUCGCUUAUCGCCUAUCCUCGCCGAAAGCUCACUAGAAUCCGAUAAUCCAAUGCACCGCGCUGCUAUCUCUCCACCACUUGCCUUCACGCAAGACAGGCCCUCGCUCGAUCCCAUUGUCACUGAUGGCGGCGGCGCAGGCCUCGGACUCGUCCACUCCACAGGCCUGUCGUCGGCAGUGGAGGAGCUUGCCCCUUCGCCUUCGGCGCCGACUCUCGACAUCAUCCCCCCGACACCAAAUCCAGCCUUGUCACCUACCCAGCCUCUUGACCAGAACGCUCAGCAGAGCGGUGCUUCCAGCACUCUUUCGCCGCGUGACUCCUCGCAUCUUGGCAGCUCGUCCACAGAGACCUGCUACACUACCGUCGAUCAUUUCUCCGACUCGUCCGGUGCUCGCCGGCCAGAUGACGAUGUAACGCGGCCUUUCAGCAGCGAAAGCAUCGUCAGCCUCGCACGCAGUGAAGAGAGCGGCUUGAGCGACUCUAGACGUCUGGGAGUGCUGCAAGGGCGCGUCUCAGGAACCGAGGAGCAAGACCUUGACUACGAGGGAGAGUCACACCAAGAGAGAGAGGCGCGGAUUGCUCGCGAGGAAGUCAUGAGCAGCAUAGAUCGUUAUGGGUUUUUCGCCAAGGAGUUGAAUGGCAGCUCAUCAAGGCCCCCAAGGACUACCAUCCUGCCCGCGCCUGCGUUUGCCAAGCUGCCUUUGAAGCGGAGAUCAGCUCUGAAAGCUGUCCAGAAGAAGCCUGCUCCUAAAGGAAGUCCGACAAUGGGCAGCGAAAAGUCACCCUCGCUGGUCGGAGCAUCUGGCUUUGCCAAGGGUGUCAAUGACGAUGCCAGCGCUAUCGAUAGAGUGCGCACACAUCGGACUGCGCUCGAAGAAGCGGUGAGAGCACGCGAAGCGUUGCGGGUCGAGAAAUGGCAGCGCAUGCUUCGAGUCGAUUCCAGAGAUGCAGGCGGCAACGUCAGCGGCUACAGACUUGCGUCGAAUCUCGUUCAGAGCAAGAAGUUACGGAGAAGGAUUUACAAGGGUGUGCCUGAUCGAUGGAGAUCCGCUGCUUGGUGGGCAUUAGUUUGCGACGGCCAUCACUCAAUCUUCGUGAAUUCGGAUGCGAGGCCUGUCGCAGCCGCUGCGAAAGCCAACCCAGUGACGGGACACGGCCGCCAUGAAAGCGAAAGGAGCAACACCGGCACAGUUGCCUCCACCUCUCCAGUAGGGACGGCCCGCAACCGGAGCGUUGCGAAUGGGUCUCUGGCAAGUGACGCUGAGCAUCGAUACGCAGAGUUGAUCAAGCAACCCAGCCCUCACGACGUCCAAAUCGAUCUGGACGUGCCUCGAACUAUCAGUGGUCAUGUUCUUUUCCACACGCGGUAUGGACAAGGUCAAAGAGGUCUAUUUCACGUCUUGCAUGCAUUCAGUCUGCAUUGCGAUGACUGCGCUUACUGUCAGGGAAUGGGCCCGAUCGCUGCAACGUUGCUGGUCUACUUGCCGCCGGAGAGGGCCUACGCAUGCCUGACCGCCAUGCACGAUGCGCGCGAGUACGGUCUGCACAAGACUUUCUCUCCUGGCUUUCCCGGGCUAGUGGAGAGUUUCUACGUCCAGGAGCAGUUGGCUCUAGCGUAUAUGCCUGACAUAGCGCGACAAUUGCUGGAGCAAGACAUCACGACGUCAAGCUACGCCACGCGCUGGUACAUUACGCUCUUCGCGAACGUCGUGCCCUUUCAGACGCAAAUUCGUCUUUGGGACGCCCUACUGUUGGACGGUGCAGACGUGCUCGUCAUCUUCAGUCUAGCGGUGCUGUGGGCGCUCAGAGAUCGCCUCAUUCAUCCCAAUGCGACGUUUGAGACCAUCCUGGGUGCUCUAGGCGCCGAGCUCUUGCCGGAGGACGAUGAUGCGCUCAUGAGGUGGGUGGAACAUUUCAGUGCCCGCGACGAUGUCAAGAAAAAGAUCGCGAAGGCGCACAAGGAGUGGCACGUCCGUGAACUUGCCGGUGACGCUCAUUUGACGUAG